GUUCUUUCUUCAUGUGAAAAAUCUAUUUUCCUUUGAUAUAUUGUCGAGUUAUAAUUACCAAAAAACUAAAAUUUAAGGAUAACUGAGUUAAAUGUGUGAUUAACCGUAGUCUUGUAUAUGUGAAAAUAUAUCAGAAAAUAUGACUACCGAAUCUGCGCUUCCGCUACCUCGAUUGCCCGUACCGGAUAUUCGUGCCGAAGUAGCGUUCCAACAUUCACAGAAACAAAACCAGAGGACACAAGAAUAUCGACUUCGCCCACCGAAGUUAAGAUUGGCAAACCGCAGCCACUUAUCAACGUGUAUGUCCACAACAGCGCAUGCGAUUUCAUUUCGUGGUGAAUCUGAUGGCAACUGCAAUGCAUUACCCGAAUUAGAUGCCAAUGCGUUGAGCGGUUCAUAUGAUCGCUCAAUGAACGAAACUUAUUUUGAACAAUGUUUUACGCGCCUUGCGAAAAUUGGCGAAGGCUCUUUUGGCGAAGUUUUCAAAGUCCGUUCCAACGAAGAUGGACGUAUGUACGCGAUAAAAAUGUCAAAAGAACUUUAUCGCAGUGAGCAUUAUCGACAAGAGCGACUAGAGGAGGUACGUCGUUAUGAGCAAUUUUCUGGUCAUGCAAAUUUUGUGCAAUUUUACCGCGCGUGGGAGCAAAACGACCGUUUAUACAUGCAAAUGGAACUAUGUCGUGAAAGUUUGGACAGAUAUUUAGUACGACGUCGACAUAUACCUGAAGAAACAAUUUGGAAUAUUUUACUAGACUUGUUGCUUGCAUUAAAGAAUCUUCAUGACAGAAAUCUCAUUCAUUUGGAUAUAAAAUUGGAUAACGUUUUGAUAGGGGAUGACGACAGUUGUAAAUUGGCUGAUUUUGGUUUGGUUAUUGAUGUAGAUAGAGCAAACCGCCAUCAAGCAACGGAAGGAGACUCUCGUUACAUGGCGCCGGAAAUACUACAGGGAAAAUUUUCGAAAGCCGCUGAUAUUUUUAGUCUGGGAGUUGCAAUGCUUGAAUUGUCUUGUUAUUUGGAAUUGCCACACAAUGGACCAUUAUGGCAACAAUUACGUAGUGGAGUUUUACCACAAGAUUUUAUGAAAAACAUAUCACCGGAACUAGAAGUACUCAUAAGGCAAAUGAUGUCGCCUGAUCCUGAUUCCCGACCAACUGUGGACCACCUUUUAAGUCAUAAAAAGCUAGUUUGCUUAAUGGAGCGUAGAGAUCGAUGGAAGCUAUUAAUAAAAAUGAAACAAACAAUACGGCGUUCACGCAGAGUGGCGUGGUCAAAAUUGUGUAAUUUGAAGCAAAUAAUUUUUAAUUUCGUCACAUCUAUUCUUAGUGCUUACAUCCACCGCGAUACGAUCAGUAAUGAGCACAAACUGAAUGGUUCUCCGCUACAACAGCAUCUUAGAGAUAAACGACCACCUUUGAUCUCCCUGCGUUUACAUGCAUCAACACCUACCGCAGGAAAUGUGCGAAAUACUCCAAUCGAAUUUUUACCAGGCGAAAACUGCUUGCACUUAUCUCAACAAAGCACACCUAUAACCUUUGCGACGCAUAAUAAAAUUGUAAACUCAACUCCUGUAAAUCACAAUAACCACAGUUUCCGCUCACGCAAGGAUUUAACUAAGACAAGUUUUAAAGCGGUAGAGAACGAGUGUGGUAUCGAAAAUUUUAAUGACAUUCAAUCUUCACCAAACGCAAUAAGUCGACCAAAUAGUUUCCUCAAUUUAGAGGACUUGGAACAGAACUCACCAGCUUUUGUCUCGUUGGAUAAAUCGAGUCUUCAAGAGUGCCGAAAGAAACUCUUUACGAAAAUGGAUAAUUAACCAACUACUAGAUAUGUAGAGAAAGCUGCUUUGGUAAUAAUUGAAAAUUCACGCCAAAUUCGUAAGAGUUUAAAUUAAUAUAAUAUUAAUAUAUUACAUAACAAUAAUAAUAAUUGCAUACAAGCUUCAAGAAAAACGUAUGCUUUUUUACGUUAGAUGUAAGCAGAAUUACGUAAAUUCUACGCAGGAGCACACACGUAUUUACCAUCUGUAAUAAGUGCUAUUUGCUCAAAAAAAGUUAACUGAAAAUUGAAUUGAAAUAAUGUUUGUUUUGUUGUAGUCUGGUAGGAAUGUAAGUUAUAUUUUCGGCGAUGCAUAUGUGAUAUGUUAAUACAAUAUACUUUAUACAUACAUACAUACAAACUUAUAUAAAAAUAUUAUAUACGAAAUGCACAAUGCAUAUUUUGUUGAUUUUUAUGAAUCAUAUACAUAUAGAUGGAUAGAAGUAGGUGCCUGUUAAUUUUUAUCUGCAAUGCAAAACU